AUGAAGAGGCUGAUUCACAGCAGAGCUGCGCUGUGCCGGAAGGCGGCGCGGGGCGGAGACGCGCCUGUGCGAGUGUUCUUUUCGCCGGACAAGGAGCUGGUGCCGGAGGAGGAGGUGAAGUCGGUGCGGCAGGUGUGGAAGGAGCAGCGGGAGCGGGCGGCGGCGCGGUACGCCGCGCCGUCGCGAGCGUGGCUGGCGGCGAACGCGCCGUCGCUGCUGGGGCAACCGUGGUUCGAGGUGCUGCCGCGGCGGGAGGACUGGCUGGCGGCGGGGCUGUGGGACAGCGCGCAGGGACGGUUCCACAUGCGCCCCGGGGACCUGGCGGGGACGACGCUGCAGAUCGGCGACCUGUGCGUGCUGUCGGCGGUGCCGGGGAAGCUGGUGGUGUGCGUGGAACAGCCGACGGACGCGGCGGACGCGCGGUAUGCGUUUGCGGGGGCGGACGGCGCCGUGUGCUACGCGACGAAGAGCGACGUGCGGCUGCGGGUGCCGGGGCUGCACAAGCGGCCGCUGCGCUACCUGCUCCACCGCGAGGCGGAUCACGGCUACGCGCCGGUGGGCACGGUCAAAAACAACAUAUCCCGGACGUACCUGCUGCCGGUGGCGGUGCGCCGUCUGUUUGCCGCGCUGGGGGUGACCGAGAUCAGCCAGCAGGCUGUGGCCCAGCUGCCCGAGGUGGUGGCGAAACUCGAGCUCUUACACCGCCACCUGCAGUCGCACCUCGGGCCCUGGCAGCUGUCGCUCUUCAAGCUUGUCGACUUGGUGACGCGGCUAGAGCUGCCGAACAGUCCCGGGGAGGCGUCCGAGAAGGUCGCGAAGCUGCUGGCGGAGCUCAACAUAGGGCAGGGCAGCUACUGCUCGGCUGCGGACAUCAACCUGCGGAUGGCCGCGCCCAAGCAGGUCGAUAUUGCAUUGUACCUCGCCACCUACUGGGGCGUGCUCCAGCAGCAGGGCGACCAGAUGUGGGGCGACAUCUCCUACCACCGAGCGCUAUUUUCACCAUUGUCCGUGACCGUGCUCCCUUUGAGGGACCAGACGCUCUUCUACGACUACCUGCUUCGAGACAUGAAGCGCGAUGAUUACGCCGCGCUCGACGAGUUCGCGUGUCUCGUUAACCAGGGCAAGUACAAGGAAGCAUGUAGUAAUUACAAGUCCGUCCUGCAGCUGCUCCGAGACUACUGCGCAGGCAACAUCAAUAGUAAUGCUGCACUCAUCUACCUGGUCACGCGGCUCUUCAGACGGUUGGACGCAUACAAGGAGGAGGAAGUGACCCGCACCAUUGCGUUUCAGCUGCUGGGCCAGCUCUGCCCAGAGACACCGCAUAAUCCUCUGCAUUGGAACCACCAGCUCGAGCUACCGUUGUCGAACCCGCGCACCGCGCUGGAGCAGAAGGUGUAUGAUCUAGCGUCUCCGCCUCUUGACCAGGAGGAGCCUGGACCACGGAAGGAGUUUUCCGCGGUAUGCUACUGCAUUGACUCCCCGGAUGCCCACGAGAUUGACGAUGGAGUGUCGAUCGAGCGUCUCAAGGGGUCGCGCUAUCGACUGCACGUUCACAUUGCGGACCCCUCUUCGCUGUUCAAGAAGUCCUUUACGCCAGGGGAGGUCCCUAUUGAUCCUGUGAUGGACAUUGCAUUCCGGCGGGCCUUCACGACAUACCUGCCCGACUUGGUCUUCCCUAUGAUGCCGAAAAGCUACACGCGGGCUUCAGAUUUGGGCCAGUGGGACAAGCCGACCAAGACCAUCACCAUUUCGGUGGAUGUCGACCUUUCGAAGAAGCUCCGAGUGGUGGACGAGGCUACGCUCCAGAUUGCACUGGGCACGACUCGUACCUCAAAACGGGUGACAUACGACUAUGUCGACGAUCUCUUGGAGUCCAAGCGGCAAGACGCCGAGGCGUCCGAUCUGCGAUUGCUAUACAAGGUUGCAGAGUCGCUAAGGGAGGAGCGGAAGGUCCUUAAGCACGCCAUAAUGUUUGGCGACGUGCAGAACGGGCUGAUCAGCCUUACUCCGAACGAGGAUGGCAAGUUGCUGAAUGUCCAGCUCGUGGAUUCGAAGUCCACGAAGUCCAAUACACUGGUGUCGGAACUUAUGAUCAUGGCCAACUCGCUGGCUGGCCGCUACUUCCACGAGAACACCAUUCCCGGAGUCUACCGCGGGUGCACGGAGCUGCUGCUCAAGUUCGAGGCCAGCAACCAGUACGCCUCCUUGCAGCGCGCUAUGCGGCAGAAAGGCUCUGUGUCCAGCUCGGACCUGGUAAAGGUAGCCGCAUUUUUGACCAACAGUCACUACAGCUCGACGCCCUGUCGGCACGCCAUGGUGGGAACCGAAGAGUACUUGACCAUCACGUCCCCGCUGCGCAGACUCCCAGACAUGAUCAACCACAUGCAGCUCCAUAGACACCUACGGUCCUUGCCGCCAUGCUUCUCACAGGAACAGAUUGACGCGCUCAACUGGCACAUUCUCGCGCGGGACGUGGCCCUGAAGGACGCCAGCAAACGCUCCUCCGUCUUCUGGACCCUGGGCUACCUCAAGGACCAGCUGUGCGCCGAGCCCGACAAGCGCUGGGACCUCGUGGUGACCUCACUGCCGCUCAACGGCUUUGUGCACUGCAAGAUUCCGGGCAUCUUCUACUCCUCUGGCAAACUCAAGAUCCCCUCCGGCGCGAACAACCCCGCAGUUGGCUCCACCGUCGCCAACUGCUUCAUCACCAGACUCGACAGCCUAGACGGCACCCUACGUUUCGAGAUGAAAUCCUAG